AGCUUGCAACUCUUAUCUGGUAUGUGUUUUAGCUCUAUGAGUGGUUGAUCCAUUGCAUCCUUAAGAUAUUCAUGGAGAACAACCCUAGUUCAUCAACAAGUGAUAGAAAAUUGGUUGAGAGGAAUAGAAGAAAUCAAAUGAAGGAUCUUUUCUCCAAGCUCAACUCAGUUCUGCCUCAUCAAAGUUCAAGGGAGGGAAUUUCGCGUCCAGAUCAGAUAGGUGAAGCCAUAGACUACAUAAAGAACUUACAGAUUAAGUUGGAGAAGAUGAAGGAGAAAAAACACAACUUAACAGACAUUGUAAGGUCAAGAACUGCUACCAUGAAUAUGGAAUUGAAAUCUCCACAAUUUAAGAUCCAACAAAUGGGUUCAGUCUUGGAGGUUGUUCUAGUAUCUGGGUUGGAUUUUCAUUUCAUUUUCAAUGAGACAAUUCGUGUUCUUCAAGAAGAAGGAUCUGAUAUAGUUAAUGCCAGUUAUACUGUUGCUGAAAAUGCAGUUCUCCAUAAAAUACACUGUCAGGUAGAUGAAUCUGCCAAUGGAGCUUCGAGGAUAUCGGAGAAACUGAAGAAUUUAUGUCAAUGGUCGGUAGCAUGAAUUGUUGGUCGGUAGCAUUGUGUUACCUAGUAAGCAGAUUCAUAAUCACUGUCUUGUUUGCAUUCAAUAUCAAGAUUCUGAUUAUGUUUUUUCUGUGUGUGCACACACACCUAUGCUUGAAUAUGUGUAUCAUGUUGCAGAA